AUGGUUGGUGUCCCGGAACCAAACUGCAAGCGAUGCUCCGAUACGGGUCGAACAUGCGAAGGAUAUGCACGCUAUCCGACCUUUCUAAUCAACACACCCGAGGGUCGUCGCAGGAGAGAGCGUCUGGAGGAAGCGAAACCGAGGACUCCCAGCACAGACUCUCCCGCAUCGAGAUCAGAUACGCCUCUGGCCAGGGUUCGAAAACCGUCGACUGGUGACAAGGCUAUGGUCCCACGGACGGAUUUCAGCGCCUUGCCUCAGCAGGCUAGCAUAGCACAGCUACAGGACGACCAACUUCUGGCCUGUUUCUGGAUCAACUAUGUACCGAUAGGAUCGCUGGCACAACAUCCGUCACCAUGCCCAUGGUUGCAGGAAAUCAUGUUCACCACCGAUCCUCAUCCUGCCUUGAAACUCUCACUCAAGGCUUUGGCCCUUACUCGCCUAGGAUGGCUCAACCAAGAUGAUGCUCUUUCCAAGAUGGGCCAGAGCAAUUAUGGCCUAGCCCUCAAGCAUAUUCAGCAUGCUCUGUGGGAUCCGCUCGCAAAGUGGUCUGACCACACACUUGCAGCAGCCCAUCUGUUAUCGAUCUAUGAGCUAUUCGAAGCCACCAAUGAUAGCGUGAAAGGCUGGAAUAGUCACGUGUCUGGACUUGGGCUACUUGUCAGACUGCGAGGCCCAGAUUCGUACGAAUCGCCCAUGGGACAAGCUAUUCUAUUUGGGUUUUCUUCAGGUUCAAUGAUACAUAGCCUCCAAUUUCGCAAAGGUACAUUCUUGAUGAGUGAAGAAUGGAAGGUGAAGUAUUUCACGGAUCCUGUCGAUGAAUUCCACUAUCGUCUUCUUGAAUUCGGCUUUGAACUUGCGAGCACACUGGAGGAAACAGAUCGUCAGAGACUUCAGCAAGAGUUGCUGAGCCUUGAUCGUUGCAUUAGUUAUGUCAAUAUGUUUCUUGCCCUGGAUUCUCGAAUGGAAGAUUGGCUUCAAGACUUUACAAGCCAUUGCGGAGACCCACUUUAUGUGAUUGAUUUUAAGGACAGCUACUGCUCUGGCAUACCCGACAUGUACAAAGGCUUCAUCUUCCGAAACUAUCGACAGGCAAAUGUCUUGAACACUUUCUGGUCACUGAAAUUGAUCCUAAAUCAUAUUCUCACCACCAUUAGGGCCGCACUCGGGGUUCGAUCCGCUCAUUUCAAGACUGCAGGAGGGCCGAAUGCUCCAGCGGGAGAAGAUCGUCCAGACUUCCUAGGUGGCGACCGCAGUGAUCAUUGCCUCGAACUUGCGACGAACAUUAUGCGUGCUAUGCCAUAUGUUCUCAAGGACGAAAUGGGCUUGCUUGGAGCUCAACAAUCAAUCUUUCCUCUACGGGUCGCACUAUUAGUCUUAAAGAGAUAUCCGGGGGAAGAGCUCAGAUGGUGUGAGAGCAUUUAUUCGCAGUUCAACAGCAAGAAGGGUAUACGUUACGCGACUGAAAUUGCGAAGUAUGAAGGUGGAUAUAAAGACGAUCAGGCUCCCACAAUGGCGAACACAAUCAACAGCCGGUGA